UCAUCACGGGCGGGGGGUGGGUGCGGGCCGCCUGGCGAUCUGACCGCGCGUCGCCACAGAAGCGAGAGAGCAACAGCGACAGCGGAGCCAGCGAGGCGGGGCACGGCGGACCGGGUAAACACGCCGGGCCUCGGCCGCCUACUCCGCCUUCCCUUCGCCCCCCUCUUCACCCAGUCGGGCGGUCCUCGGCCAGAGCGCGGGGGAGAGCGCCACCGUGGGGAAGGAGGAGAGAGGAUAGAGGAAGAGGCAAGAGCUCAGAGCCGCGGCUGUCCGCGCUUUUGCUGCCCGCGGGAGCGAUCCCCCGCCUUCCGUCGGCCAGGUUCUUGCCCAAUUCUUACCUGGUUUGGGGAGCCAAUAUGGGGUAUCGAAUCCAGCUAUUUCCGUGUGUUUCUCAAGAUUCUUGCUGAACUUGUUCGAGUAGUCAAGGAGCAGGAAUUGCGGAAUUGGAACUGGUUUCGCAUAAACCUUGGGAGGAGGCCACGGAAUUUGGAACAUGGGAGGUUCGGUCGGGUGCUUGGGAGGCGGCUCCAAGUCGGGGCAAAAUCAGAAUGGUCAGGCCGUCGCGGCCUCAUCUCCUCGUUCAGGUCGUGUAUUAUCAGGAGCUGGAAAUAAUGUGCGAGUCUUCUCUCUAAAUGAGUUGAAGACUGCCACACGAAAUUUUCACAUGAUGAAUUGCAUUGGCCGUGGAGGUUUCGGAGCAGUGUAUAAGGGAAACCUGAAAGAUGGCACUCAAAUUGCAAUAAAGAAGCUUGCAGCUGAGUCAAAACAAGGAAUUAGCGAAUUCUUGACAGAGAUUAAUGUCAUAUCAAACGUCAAGCACCCAAACCUUGUCAAGCUACUUGGUUGCUGCGUUGAAGGGAAUAACAGACUAUUGGUGUACGAGUAUGCGGAGAAUAACAGUUUGGCAAAUGCUUUGCUUGGACCAAAGAGUAAAUGUAUUCCAUUGGACUGGCAGAAAAGAGCUGCUAUCUGUAUUGGAACUGCUUCUGGCCUUGCUUUUCUUCAUGAGGAAGCACAACCACGCAUUGUCCACCGUGAUAUCAAGGCUAGCAACAUUUUACUUGAUAAAAAACUGCUGCCUAAAAUCGGAGAUUUUGGGCUGGCCAAGCUUUUUCCUGAUGCUAUCACUCACAUUAGCACACGCGUCGCAGGAACAAUGGGAUAUUUAGCACCAGAGUAUGCCUUAUUGGGACAAUUAACCAAGAAAGCAGAUAUAUAUAGUUUUGGGGUGCUUCUUCUUGAAGUGAUAAGCGGUGAAAGCAGCAGCAAGUCGACUUGGGGGCCUGAUAUGCAUGUCCUUGUGGAAUGGACAUGGAAGCUGCGGGAAGAAGGAAGACUCUUGGAAAUUGUUGAUCCAGAUCUGGAAAAGUACCCAGAGGAGCAAAUGCUUCGUUUCAUCAAGGUAGCACUGCUGUGUACACAAGCCACGUCCCAGCAGAGGCCAUCCAUGAAGCAGGUUGUCAAUAUGCUAUCUAAUCGAAUAGAGAUCGAUCUGCAAAAUGUCGUUCCACCAGGUGUGCUGAAAGAACCUCGCCAGCGUACUGGUGGCUUUGGGGGUUUGACACUAGACACAUCCUCAAGCCAAAGCACCAAAUGCAAUCCAGCUGAAUCUUACAGCACACAGACCAACAUGAAUACCGGUCAAUUUAGUACAACUGAAGUAUCCCCAAGGUGAUGCGAUGACCAGCUUGCAAGCUUGUUUGCCAUUUUCAGAGGUUUCUCACACCACCCAUGAGAUUUUAUUAUGCUUGGUGCUGACAAAUUCUCUUGAUAUGAAAGGCCUGAUCCACUUUCAUCCUGAUUUAGACCUACAUAGGAUGUGAGGGCCGUUGUGAAUUGCUGAUGUACAGGACCUGCAAUUCACCUUUUUCUUUUGCAGAGGAACUGUAGUUCAAUUUGAGAAUUGCAUUAUGUUCUUUAAAGCCUGUUGUAGGGAUACAUUGUAGGAGUACAAGAGUGCAUUGGAGACUGCAAAAUUUGUGCUCGGAAUAUGAGCAUGAAAGUUCUGAACCACAGCUACUAUGCGUAACAUGAAAGUAAAUGUUCAGCUAUUGACAAUCACAGCUUAAAGUAUGAUCUUACUCUUA